AAACCGUUAUUAGAUACAGUUAUACGGCGAGGUUAGAUACAACAUUUUCGUUAGUUACAAAAGUUGUAUGUUCAUUCAUUAUGGCUGAAAGAUCUGAUUGUCUUGUACUGUUUGGAUGGUUUGCGGCUUUUGCGAUGUACAUUGUACAAGCGUGUUUCUUUAUGAAGUUCUUAGAAGAGCACACUACUACCAACGGCAAUUUGUAUUGGAUUGGCAUCGUAAUCUAUCUUCUGUUUGCCUUGGCUGUCUUCAUGGUAUUACGCAAAAAAGGCUACGCUGAGCCGGAUGAGGAAAAGGAUGAAAUUUGGUGCGUCUGGGGAUUCUGGUUUAUAUAUAUUGUACUUUACACGAUCUCUGUCGGGUUGAUAUUCUUCCAGGUGGCUCGCAAGUUGGACAAGUCCGAAACAUAUGGUCCAAAUUUCUUAAAAGCAAUGUUGUCUAUUGCCCCAGCGUUGCUUGUCCUUGUGUUACAACUGGCCAUCAGUCCAUCCUAUCGCAAAGGAGUCCUGAAGUUGUCCAUCUUCGCAGCUUUGGAUCUUUUUGACGGCAUCGAGAUGCUGGAAAUCGUCCUCAUGCAAAACGAAAUAAAGGAUUUUGAACUAGAUAGCUCCGUUGAGAAGGUGAUGAUUAGUUUUGCUUGUGCAAGUUUUAUAGUCACUUCGCUUGAUGUCAUGGUACGUUACAAAUUUAAAGAUGACACUGUUGAAGAAAGGACAAAUACGAUGGCUGUAUGUUUUGGUUACAUCGAGAUCCUUUUGACCAACGCAGUGUUUUUAGGCCUGCGAAUAUACGUGUGGGCCGAUUGUGGUUACGAAGCAUCCAUUUUUAUCGCCAAGAAUACAAUGUCGUUAGUUGUCGGAAUCGUGGAUUUAGGUAUCGCUUGUAAAUGCUGCACUUGUGGGUAACUUGGACAGGCUUGAAUUAGGUUGAACAGUUUAUCAUAUUAGUAUUUGGUAGUUUGGUUGCAACCAUUGCAUGUAUAUAACAUUGACAUUGUUGUAUGGUAGAUGUCGAGUUUGUAAUAAUUGUAUUAUCAUCCUUGUUCUUUAAAUUUGAAGCACCGAUUAUAUUUGAAGCACCGUCUU